CAAACUAAAGGAGUCCUUGGCUACAAUGACUGGACUUCCUGAGUCCAAAAUACAGGUGUGGUUCCAAAACCGCCGUGCUCGCUACUUCAAGAGCAAGAAGCAGGCUGCUCUGCAGACCCCUCUGCCUCUGAGGUGUCCCUCUCCCAGCCUGCUAGACCCUCCCCGGGUAGCUUGUGGCUUUGGGGCAGACAGCCAGCUCCAGGCCCAGACUAUGUCAUCUUCUCAGGUAUCGGGCUGUGCCGCUACACACAGUUUGCCUGCUGCUUUGAGCCCCAUUUCGCAGCAAGAAACUGUACAACCCAGAAACAGCGCCCCCUGGAGCUCUGGAGGUACUUCAAGGCCUUACUGGGAUUUUGACUCCUGCCAGGAUGGUAGAAUGCCUCCUUGUGCGCCCAAGAGUUCCGGAGACUUUGUUACCUGGGGAGAGCCAUGCGGAGACACCCUCAGCACGUGCUGCAGUGCGUCUGACCAGACUGUACCAUCGGCUGCUCAACCACUGCAAUACCACGAUCAUGCGUUCAGGGGGAGCCAGCAAACACAGUUCCAUGAUGAUAUGCUUGAACUGUGUUCCCAUGUUUACAAAGACUUUCAUUUGACUGACCUGGAGUUUUCUGCUGCUUUGAUGGAUUACUUUCUCAAUUGAGAUUUGUGAGAACAGUGGCAUUAAAUUUAAUUCCAUAGAUAUUAUCAUUAUUCUUUGUAUUUACUGUAUGCAUUUAUAAUAGGCGGUAUGU